AUGGAGAAGAAAUUGAGUUGGACAGUUGGAGAUGCUGUGGACUAUAAAGGCUUUCCUGCUGAUAGGUCCAAAACUGGUGGUUGGGUUCCAGCUGCUCUUAUUUUAGGGAUUGAAAUUGUUGAGAGGCUCUCCACCAUGGGGAUUGCAGUGAACUUGGUGACAUAUCUGAUGGGAGUCAUGCAUCUUCCAAGCUCAACUGCAGCCAAUACCGUGACCGAUUUCAUGGGCACGUCGUUUCUCCUAUGUUUGCUUGGUGGUUUUCUAGCAGAUUCCUUCCUUGGAAGAUUCAAGACUAUUGGAAUUUUUGCUGCAAUACAAACACUGGGUACUGCAGCAUUAGCAAUCUCAACGAAAUUGCCACGGCUAAGUCCACCACCUUGUCACGCGGGCGAAGUUUGCAAGCCGGCUAAUGGAAUCCAAAUGGGAAUCUUAUACUUGGCUCUAUACCUUAUUGCACUAGGAACCGGUGGACUUAAGUCGAGCAUUUCAGGAUUUGGUUCUGAUCAGUUUGACGACAAAGACGAGAAGGAGAAUUCGCAAAUGACUUAUUUCUUCAACAGGUUUUUCUUCUUCAUCAGUUUGGGAACUCUUGCAGCCGUCACAGUGCUUGUUUACAUACAAGACAAAAUUAGUCGAAGUUGGGCGUAUGGAAUAUGUUCGGUUUCUAUGAUCAUAGCCAUUGUGGUAUUCUUAUCAGGAACUAAACGAUAUCGAUACAAGAAGAGUUUGGGAAGUCCUAUUGUCCAUAUUUUUCAAGUUAUUGUUGCAGCUGUGAAGAAAAGGAAGAUGGACCUUCCAUAUAAUGUUGGAUCUUUGUAUGAGGACACUCCUGAGGAAUCUAGAAUAGAACACACCGAUCAGUUCCGGGUUUUGGAGAAAGCGGCGAUUGUGGCAGAAGGUGAUUUUGAUAAGGAUUUAUAUGGUUCUGGUCCAAAUCCAUGGAAGCUAUGCUCACUGACAAGAGUAGAAGAGGUGAAAAUGAUGGUGAGACUUCUACCAAUAUGGGCCACAACCAUUAUAUUUUGGACCACAUAUGCACAAAUGAUCACCUUUUCAGUUGAACAAGCCUCCACAAUGCAAAGGAAUGUUGGAGGUUUUGAAAUCCCUGCAGGAUCUCUCACUGUCUUCUUUGUGGCCGCAAUCCUAAUCACUCUCGCAGUCAAUGAUCGAAUCAUCAUGCCCCUUUGGAAGAAAAUGAACGGAAAACCAGGUUUCACCAACCUACAAAGGAUUGCCAUUGGACUUGUGUUAUCAGCAUUUGGAAUGGCAGCUGCUUCGCUAGGCGAGGUGAAAAGACUAUCAGUGGCAAAAGGUGUAAAAGGAAACCAAACAUCACUACCAAUAAGUGUUUUUCUUCUAAUUCCACAGUUUUUCUUGGUUGGUUCUGGUGAAGCAUUCAUAUACACAGGACAGCUUGAUUUCUUCAUAACACAAUCACCAAAAGGAAUGAAAACAAUGAGCACAGGUCUCUUCCUCACAACGCUAUCGCUCGGUUUCUUCAUCAGCAGUUUCCUUGUGUCAGUUGUGAAAAAAGUAACUGGGACUAGAGAUGGACAAGGAUGGCUAGCUGACCAUAUAAACAAAGGAAGACUUGACUUGUUCUAUGCACUUCUUACCAUACUUAGUAUCAUUAAUUUUGUAGCAUUUUUGGUGUGUGCAUUUUGGUAUAAGCCUAAGAAGGCUAAGCCAUCAAUGCAAAUGGGAACAAUCAAUGGAUCUUCAGUUGAGGAGAAGUGCUAA